AUGUCAGAAAAAAUACCAAUAGCAAAUUCUAUAAAUUACGUUCAUGUAGAAGCAUUAAAUGAACGAACAUACAAAAAUCUUGUACCAUAUACAUCGGAUAUGAAAACAACAAAAACAUUCUUGUUCGCUGCCAUUGAUAUGAUACUUCGUUAUAUAACUGAAUUGAAUGAACACGAUUCACCUGUUAUUAAAAAUGGACUUCGUACACCGGCUGAAUAUCGAAAAAUGUUUACAUUUGAAAUAGAUGAUCAAGGUUCUGAUUUAUAUGAUAUACUAGCUAAUUGUGAGCGUAUUCUUGAAACAACUGUUCGAUCAGGUCAUCCUCGUUUUAUAAAUCAAUUGAGUCAAGGUGUUGAUACAAUAUCACUUGUAGGUGAAAUGAUAACUUCAACUAUUAAUGCAAAUAUGUUUACAUACGAAGUAGCGCCAGUUUUUAAUCUCAUGGAAGAAAGUGUUCUUACGCAUAUGCGUGACUGUUGUGGUUGGCCAAAGCAAGGGCCACUAUCGAAAAAUGGUGAUGGUGUUUUAGCACCAGGAGGUGCUCUUUCGAAUUUAUAUGCAGUAUUAGCAGCUAAACAUUAUGCAUUUCCUCAAAUAAAAAAAGGUGGUAUUCAAAAUGGAUUACGUCCGGCUAUGGUUAUUUCGAAACAUGUACGCAUUUUCAAAUUUUGUUCGAGUGCACGAGUGCCGAAUAGAUAG